AUGCUCGGCGGUUCUUCGAUUAAAAUCUUUUCUGGAACCAGCCACCCAGAUCUUGCUCAGCUGAUUGCAGAAAGAGUAGGACUCUCCGUGUCCAAAGCAGAGAUUACGAGAAACUCGAUCGGAGAGGCCAACGUGCGCAUCCUCGAGUCUGUGCGCGAGGACGAUGUGUACAUUGUCGGGACCGGGUGUGGGAACAUUAAUGCCUCGCUCAUGGAACUUUGCAUCAUGAUCCACGCGUGCAAGAUUGCGAGCGCCAAACGUAUCACUGCCGUCGUGCCACUCUUCCCGUAUGCGCGACAGGAUAAAAAGGAUAAGAGUAGAGCGCCCAUCACGGCCAAACUCGUGGCGAAUAUGCUCCAGAAGUCUGGAUGCGAUCAUCUUAUUACCAUGGACCUGCACGCAUCGCAGAUUCAAGGAUUCUUGAUGUUCCGGUUGACAAGUGAGUUUUUCGGCCAGCUUGUCAUGGCGCUCUAUGCCGAACCGUCUACCAUCCUGUACAUUCGCAAUAACUUUGACAUUUCAGAGUGUGUCAUUGUCUCCCCUGAUGCUGGAGGCGCAAAAAGGGCAACCUCCAUCGCCGAUAGGCUUGGCAUUGACUUUGCCCUAUUCCACAAGGAACGUAAAAAGGCCAACGAGGUCUCUCGCAUGGUUCUCGUAGGAAACGUGACUGGGAAGAUUGCCAUACUCGUCGACGAUAUGGCAGACACCUGUGGAACGCUUAUCCUCGCGGCAAAACACCUCUCAGAGGCGGGUGCUUCGCGGAUAAUUGGAAUUGUCACGCAUGGCAUACUCUCUGGAAACGCACUCCAGGCCAUUAGCGAGAGUGCUCUCGAAAAACUCGUGGUCACCAACACGAUUCCACAACAGCAAAACGCGGCGCAGUGCGACAAGAUUGAAGUCAUUGACAUUGGAAUUGUGCUGGGCGAGGUCAUUCGCCGAAGUCACUAUGGUGAAUCCAUUAGUAUGCUUUUCACAGAGGUUCCUUUCUAG